CCCAAGAAGCCCCCUUUUUAAUCCAUUUAUUUAUUAUGCAUUCUGGUGUAGGGAUAACCAUCGACUUUGGUCUUCUUCAUGAAUGUCGCGUGAUUGAUUGGGUGCCUGUAAGGAGCGGUUAUACGUUCGCCCUAGCCCUUAAUACGGCGUAUAAGAGAGUCCAAAGAGGCUGAAUUGCAAUGCGACGCGUGUUCUAAGCCCCUUCGCUUUAGUUUGAUGCCGAGGAAGAAAUCGCCCGCACCUACGGAGAUGAUCGAAAUGAACAUGUUGGAUUCCCAUGAGCCGUCAUUCGAGAUUUUGAACAUCUGUCUGAAGCCAUGUACCCUUGGCUCCGUCUGGGCAGCAGAGAGAUUGGAGAUUCAGUCCGUCCGUUGCCUGAUUAUGUGCGCUGGCUCGUGUGUCCACGCCCAGGACAUCCCCAUCCCUGAUACCCUCAUCUGUCUUCUUCUUGAUCUCAAGCUGCCCCUUCCUGGUUGGGGGGGAAAUAUUUCCAAAGUGCAAAGUGCUCUCCCUAAUCCCCCUUCAGAAGACUGCAGCUCCAUGACAGGAGACAGGAGUUGCUGGGCCCCCUUGGAUGGACCGGCGUUGCAACGGUACCCCACCGGCAGAGGGCGCGAUGUCACUUCGGGGUGCCGGCUUUUCGACUUUUCGACUGCUAUCGCCAUUCUCUACCCUUUUCAGACCAUGGCAUUGCCUGAUAUUGGACAGUGGUCCCUGGUCAGAUCAACGACACAUAGGAAUGCGACCCGCAACCCGCAACCCGCAACCCACAACCCACACACUCAUUACAUCCCCAUUUCCCGCCCUGGCGGUGUGCGUACCCGCCACAACUACGGACUCGCCUACUGGGUGCAGAAACCGGCAACUUUGGCGGAGAACAGUUUCUUGUUCGGGCAUCAAAUCCUCACUCACCGUCCGGCGACCGAAAAAAUGCCCGAUGUCAACCCUGGACUGCCGCGAAGAUCGCUUCACGCCAUAUUGUACGCAUACGACGAAGUAUUCCCCAAAAGCAGAAUAAUUACAUAUGUCCCCGUCCCUGGUCGACUCGCCUGA